AUUCAACAUGAGCGGACGAGGAAAAGGAGGAAAGGGUCUCGGUAAAGGAGGCGCUAAGCGUCACCGUAAAGUCCUCCGUGACAACAUCCAGGGAAUCACCAAACCCGCCAUCCGCCGUCUGGCUCGCCGCGGGGGGGUGAAGCGUAUCUCCGGUCUGAUCUACGAGGAGACCCGCGGUGUGCUGAAGGUCUUCCUGGAGAACGUGAUCCGUGAUGCCGUCACCUACACCGAGCACGCAAAGAGGAAGACGGUGACCGCCAUGGAUGUGGUGUACGCGCUCAAGAGACAGGGACGCACCCUGCCAAAUGUGAUUCAUUUACGUUCGGGUCGAGUCGCCAUGGCCAGAACCAAGCAGACCGCUCGUAAGUCCACCGGAGGCAAAGCCCCCAGGAAGCAGCUGGCCACCAAGGCCGCCCGGAAGAGCGCCCCGGCCACCGGCGGAGUGAAGAAGCCUCACCGCUACAGGCCCGGUACCGUGGCUCUGAGGGAGAUCCGCCGCUACCAGAAGUCCACGGAGCUGCUGAUCCGCAAGCUGCCCUUCCAGCGGCUGGUGAGAGAAAUCGCUCAGGACUUCAAGACCGACCUGCGCUUCCAGAGCUCCGCCGUCAUGGCCCUGCAGGAGGCCAGCGAGGCUUACCUGGUGGGGCUGUUCGAGGACACCAACCUGUGCGUCAUAUUCAACAUGAGCGGACGAGGAAAAGGAGGAAAGGGUCUCGGUAAAGGAGGCGCUAAGCGUCACCGCAAAGUCCUCCGUGACAACAUCCAGGGAAUCACCAAACCCGCCAUCCGCCGUCUGGCUCGCCGCGGGGGGGUGAAGCGUAUCUCCGGUCUGAUCUACGAGGAGACCCGCGGUGUGCUGAAGGUCUUCCUGGAGAACGUGAUCCGUGAUGCCGUCACCUACACCGAGCACGCAAAGAGGAAGACGGUGACCGCCAUGGAUGUGGUGUACGCGCUCAAGAGACAGGGACGCACCCUGUACGGAUUCGGGGGUUAA